AUGGAUGUUCGAUCACUGCUUCUAUUCUCUGCACUUCUUCGAGUCCUUUUAAUUAUAUACGGAGAAUGGCAAGAUGCCCAUAUGGAGGUUAGAUAUACAGAUGUCGAUUACCUUGUCUUUUCUGAUGCUGCUUCUUUAGUGGCGUCUGGAAAGUCCCCUUAUCAAAGAUCUACCUAUCGCUACUCACCUUUGCUUGCAUUUCUGCUGGUGCCCAACUCAAUUAUUCAUCCUUCAUGGGGAAAAUUUCUAUUCUCUGCUUCAGAUUUACUUGUGGGUUUAUUCAUCCACACCAUUUUGGAGCUACGUAAGGUGCCUGAGAACCUGUGCACUUGUGCUUUAAUGGUAUGGCUCUUCAAUCCAUUUACCUUCAGCAUUGGAACUCGUGGGAACUGUGAGCCCAUUGUUUGUGCCAUGAUUUUGUGGAUCAUUAUCUGUCUAAUGAAUGGCAAGGUGUUACAAGCUGCAUUUUGGUAUGGGCUUGUUGUCCACUUUAGAAUCUAUCCUAUUAUAUAUUCAAUUCCUAUAAUCCUAGUCCUUGAUCCACAUUGCUUCCUGUAUGGAUUGAAACCUGCCCUUUCAAGUUGGGUUGGCCAAGGGAACUCAACCCAAAGUAUUCCUAGUACAGCAGUGCCUGAGUCUUGUGGUAUAUGGAUUGCUUUGACUAGCAUGUUUACAAGAGCAAGAAUUAUGUUUGGGCUGAUCUCUGGGGCUGUCUUCUUCGCUUUUACUGGCCUUUUCUUCUAUCUGUAUAGAUGGGAAUUCUUGCAUGAAGCACUGCUCUACCAUCUUACUCGCACUGACCCCAGACAUAAUUUUUCCAUAUAUUUCUAUCACAUCUAUCUCCACUAUGAACAUGAGUUUUCGGUGGUUGAAAGGCUCAUCUCAUUUUUACCUCAAUUUCUCGUCCAGCUAGUUCUCAUCGUCUGCUUUGCACAGGAUCUCCCAUUCUGUUUCUUUGCCCAGACAGUGGCAUUUGUGGCAUUCAAUAAGGUGAUCACAGCACAGUACUUCGUAUGGUUCUUCUGCCUGUUGCCUUUGAUACUACCAUGGAGCAACAUGAAACUUAAGUGGACAGGGUUGAGUUGCAUCUUGUUAUGGAUGGGAACUCAAACCCAUUGGUUGAUGUGGGGUUACCUGCUUGAAUUCAAGGGCAAGAAUGUGUUCUUGGAGCUUUGGAUUGCUAGCAUAUUGUUCUUGGCUGCUAAUACUUUUGUCCUGAUCAAGAUUAUCCGCUACCACACAUACUCCUCAUUAUUCCAAAGGUUAGAGUUUUCAAGUUCUGACAAUGACCUGAAAGAGGGAAAGAAAUCUAAUUAACACGGGAAUCUGAAUUGUUGCAGUAGUAGGUAGUAUCAUGGUGUUACUGAUUUUGAUUUGUAAUGUUUAUUAACCUUUCCACUGAAUUUUACAUCUUUGAUAGGCUUUAUGACGGGCAUCAUCCAUCCUGAAUCAUAAUUGUCUUUGUUAAAA